GCACGUUAUUAUUGGUCACAACUUAAUAGUGACUAAAAACCCUCGUCACCAAAGGUUGCGGAUAUCCCGAUGCCCUCGCAUUUACAAUAUAUACCCCUGCCACCAACACACACUCUCCUCACACACAAAUAUUCACAUUACAUUCAUUGUACCCUCCGCCGAUCCGAUCCGAUCCGAUCCAUUCAUGGCGGCGUUCACCGGAGCAUCCUCCACAACCCUGAUCUCUCCUCCACAUAUUUCACGUCAAUGUCUGGCAUCAACUAGAAUCUCUGGUCUGAAGAUGGUUUCUUUCUCCAAUUCAGGAAGAAGCAACCUCCCGGUCUCAUUUCGCCGCCUUCAAAUUUCUUGCGCUGCCAAGCCAGAGACCGUGGAAAAAGUUUGUGACAUUGUUAAAAAACAGCUGGCUCUAAAAGAUGAUGUUUCAGUUGCUGGUGACUCAAAGUUUGCUACACUAGGAGCUGAUUCACUCGACACGGUUGAGAUUGUGAUGGCGCUUGAGGAAGCGUUCGGUAUCACUGUGGAAGAGGAGAGUGCCCAGAGCAUAGCCACUGUUCAAGAUGCAGCGGAUCUUAUCGAGAAGCUCUGUGAGAAAGACUCUGCGUAAUCAAUGAUCAGAAAGAUCCCGUCUUUUGUUUUUGUUUACUAUGACUGUUGUUCCCGUUGUGUGUGUUGUUGAAUGUUUUUCGAGUUAGAUGGUUAGUGUUUGGUCCUUUUUGAAGAACUUGCAUUGUGUAUGUUAAUUGGCUUGACAUAUGUUGAGUCUAUUAGAUAUUGGGAAAUGGAAGUGAUAAAACAAUGGGAUUAGAGAACA